AAACACCCGAGCAGUUCCGGAGGAACCCGGGGAGUUCUGAGUGGUAAUCGAGGGGUUGAAUAUGGCAGUGGGCGGGGUCAGCUGGGUACGUUCAAAGGGCGUUGGCGGAAAUUACCGAAGAUGCCCGAAGCCGUUGGGACGGACCCGAGUACCUCACGCAAGAUGGCGGAGCUGGAGGAGGUGACUCUGGACGGGAAGCCUCUUCAGGCGUUGCGGGUGACCGACCUGAAGGCCGCACUGGAGCAGCGAGGCCUAGCCAAGAGCGGGCAGAAGAGUGCCCUGGUCAAGCGGCUCAAAGGGGCUUUAAUGCUAGAGAAUUUACAGAAACACUCAACACCCCAUGCUGCAUUCCAGCCAAAUUCCCAGAUUGGUGAGGAAAUGAGCCAGAACAGUUUCAUAAAGCAGUAUCUGGAAAAGCAGCAGGAGCUGCUUAGGCAGCGUCUGGAACGUGAAGCUCGAGAAGCUGCAGAACUUGAAGGAAAGAGCUCCUCUGUUUCUGAAGAAAAAGGUGAAUCUGAUGAUGACAGACCAAGGAAAGGAGAAAGACGAUCAUCUAGAGUCAGACAGGCAAGAGCAGCUAAACUCUCUGAAUGCAGCCAGGCUGCUGAGGAGGAAGAGGAUCAAGAAGCACCUUCCAGAAAUCUAAGGGUUAGAGCAGAUCGAAAUUUGAAAACAGAGGAAGAAGAGGAGGAGGAAGAAUUAUUUUUCUCCUUUGAGGAGGAGGAAGAGGAAAAUGAGGGACAAAAAUCAAGAGAGGCACCAAUCCUAAAACAAUUUGAGAAAGAAGAAGAGGAGGAGGAGAUGUCCAGAGAAAAACCAGAGGAAGUGAUGGAUGAGCGACCCAAAACCGUAAGAUCCCAGGAACAGGAAGGGUUAGAAAGAGGAGGGAGAGUGACAAGGUCCCAGGAAGAGGCUAGAAGAAGUCAUCUGGCCAGGCAUCAGCAAGAGAAAGAGAUGAAAGCAGCUCUCCUUGAAGAGAAAGAAAGAGAAAUAAAAUCUUUGAAAGGCUUAGAGGAAAAAUCAAAGUCCCCUUCCCCUCCUCAGUUGACUGAAGAUCUGGAGAAGAUCCCUCUUGUGCUACAACCAGAACAAACUGCCAGUGAGGAGGAGACUCUCCCACCUUUACUUACCAAGGAAGCGUCUUCCCCACCACCUGAUACACAACUCCGGAGUGAAGAAGAAGUAGAGCCCAUGGAAGGCCCAGCACCCCCUGUUCUCGUUCAGUUAUCUCCUCAUACAGAUACUGAAGCCAAGGAGCUAUUAAUAUCUCAGCAUACUGUCCAGUUGGUGGGAUGUCUGUCCCCUUUGUCAAGUCCUGCAGACACCAAAGUAGAAUCUCCUGCAGAAAAAGUGCCAGAGGAGAGUAUCCUGGCUCUAGUUCAGAAAAACACACUGGCUGAAUCCUCAGUACAGAAGGGUCUUGAAACUGAGUCAGAAAAAUCUGCUCAAUUACUGACUCUAAAAAUAGAAGAAUUAGCACCAGCCAAAGGGAUCACUGAGGAAUCUCUGAAACAGCCCUCUUUGGAACAAAAGGAAGGCAAAAGAGCUUCUCAUACUCUUCUCCCAAGCCACAGGUUGAAACAGUCAGCUGACUCUUCAUCCUCUAGCCGGUCUUCCUCAUCUUCAUCCUCCAGUUCUAGAUCAAGAUCUCAUUCUCCUGACAGCUCAGGCUCUCGAUCUCACUCACCCCCAAGGUCCAAGCAGAGAGAUGGAUCCUGGGCAUGUUCUCACCCCAACCCUUGUAGUAGACCCAAGAUGGGCUCCAGAUCAACAUCAGAGUCCAGGUCACGUUCCCGUUCACGUUCCCGUUCACGUUCCCGUUCAGCAUCAAGCAACAGCAGAAAAUCUCUAAGCCCUAGAGUCUCCAGGGACAGCAGCACCAGCUACACUGAAACCAAAGAUCCCUCUUCUGGUCAGGAGGUUGCAACUCCACCAGUGCCACAACUGCAGGUCCUUGAGCCAAAGGAGAGGACUAACAUCUCCUCGUCCUCUAUCCAAGUGAGGCAUAUGAGCCAACCUGAGCCAGCUGAAAAGCGUGUGACCCAGAGGUUACAACCUGAGCGGGGGAGCCCAAAGAAGUGUGAAGCUGAAGAGGCAGAGCCACCAACUGCCACACAGCCCCAAACCUCAGAGACUCAGACCUCUCAGCAACCAGAAUCAGAAAGGAUUCAGCACACUGUUGAGGAGAAGGAGGAAGUGAACAUGGACACAACUGAAAACAGACCUGAGAAUGAGGUUCCAGAGGCCCCUAUGCCUAUUGCAGACCAAGUCAGCAAUGAUGACCGCCCUGAGGGCAGUGCUGAAGAUGAGGAGAAGAAAGAGAGCUCGCUGCCCAAAUCAUUCAAGAGGAAGAUCUCCGUUGUCUCAGCUACCAAGGGGGUGCCAGCUGGAAACAGUGACACAGAGGGGGGCCAGCCUGGUCGGAAACGACGUUGGGGCGCCAGCACAGCCACCACACAGAAGAAACCUUCCAUCAGUAUCACCACUGAAUCACUCAAGAGCCUCAUCCCCGACAUCAAACCCCUGGUGGGGCAGGAGGCUGUUGUGGAUCUUCAUGCUGAUGACUCCCGCAUCUCUGAGGAUGAGACUGAGCGUAAUGGUGAUGAUGGGACCCAUGACAAGGGGCUGAAGAUAUGCCGAACAGUCACUCAGGUAGUACCAGCAGAGGGCCAGGAGAAUGGACAGAGGGAAGAAGAGGAAGAAGAGAAGGAGCCUGAAGCAGAACUCCCUGUAGCUCCCCAAGUUUCAGUAGAGGUGGCCUUACCUCCACCUGUGGAGCAUGAAGUAAAGAAAGUGACUUUAGGAGAUACCCUAACUCGACGUUCCAUUAGCCAGCAGAAGUCUGGAGUUUCCAUUACAAUUGAUGAUCCUGUCAGAAUUGCUCAGGUGCCCUCCCCACCCCGGGGCAAGAUCAGUAAUAUAGUCCACAUCUCCAAUUUGGUUCGUCCCUUCACUUUAGGCCAAUUAAAGGAAUUACUGGGACGUACAGGAACCCUGGUGGAAGAGGCCUUCUGGAUUGACAAGAUUAAAUCUCACUGCUUUGUAACGUACUCAACAGUAGAGGAAGCUGUUGCCACCCGCACAGCUCUGCAUGGGGUCAAAUGGCCCCAGUCCAAUCCCAAAUUCCUCUGUGCUGACUAUGCUGAACAAGAUGAGCUGGACUAUCACCGGGGCCUCUUGGUGGACCGUCCCUCUGAAACUAAGGCAGAGGAGCAAGGGGUCCCACGACCCCUGCACCCCCCGCCCCCACCCCCAGCCCAGCCACCACAGCAUCCCCGGGCAGAGCAGCGGGAGCAGGAGCGGGCGGUACGGGAACAGUGGGCAGAGAGGGAACGGGAAAUGGAGCGGCGGGAGCGGACCAGAUCAGAGCGUGAAUGGGAUCGGGACAAAGUUCGAGAAGGGCCCCGUUCCCGAUCACGGUCCCGUGACCGGCGCCGCAAGGAACGUGCGAAGUCUAAAGAAAAGAAGAGUGAGAAGAAAGAAAAGGCUCAGGAGGAACCACCAGCCAAGCUGCUGGAUGACCUUUUCCGCAAAACCAAGGCAGCCCCUUGCAUCUAUUGGCUCCCACUGACAGACAGCCAGAUUGUUCAGAAGGAAGCAGAGCGGGCUGAGCGAGCCAAGGAGCGGGAGAAGCGGCGAAAGGAGCAAGAAGAAGAAGAGCAAAAGGAACGGGAGAAGGAAGCUGAGAGGGAACGGAACCGACAGCUGGAGCGGGAGAAACGUCGAGAGCACAGCCGGGAGAGGGACAGGGAGAGAGAGAGGGAAAGGGAACGAGACAGGGGUGAUCGAGAUAGGGAAAGGGACCGGGAACGAGGCAGGGAGAGGGAUCGAAGAGACACCAAGCGCCACAGCAGGAGUCGGAGUCGAAGCACACCUGUGAGGGACCGGGGUGGGCGCCGUUAG